AUGGCAGAAAUCAAGCCCAAAGUGUGUAUAUUAGGAGCUGGGCUAGUUGGAUGCUGGCUCGGUGGAAAACUGGAACUGGGGGGAUUAGCUGAAGUUCAUUUUGUAGGUCGUCAAUCCUUCUUGAACCAAAUCACCAAGUCUGGCGGCCUAGGCGUAUCCAGCCUCGAUGGCCAAAUCUCCCAAAUCCCCGUAUCCAAACUUCGGUUCCACCUCACCGUCCCCACAGACAUCACCUUUGACUAUAUCGUCAUCACCACCAAACGCGUCGGAACCAUCUCUGCCCUGAAAUCCAUAACCCAUCUAGACUCUCCCUCAACAUCCAUCGUGACUAUGCAAAACGGUGUUAGACCAGCAGACGAUAUCCGCACAGUGCUAUCCAAGUGCGACAUUAUCGUCGGCAUGUUUCCCUUCAACGUCGUAGAACAGAACGGUGUCUUCCAUCAGUCCUCGUCGGGCAAACUUGUCGUAGAAGCUAGCGCUACUGGAUCCAACUUUACGCAACUCUUGCUCAGAAGCUCGGUGGACGCCGUCUCGGAAGCAGAUAUGAAUGGAGUGCUAUAUGCUAAGCUGCUCGCUAAUUUGAACAACUCUGUAUCGGCACUCUCUGCAUUGCCGCUACGGGACGAGCUGUUUACGUAUGGAUAUAGGAGUAUAUAUGCCAAAAUGCAGGUAGAGGCCAUGAAUGUAUACAAGGCUGCUGGGAUUGUGCCAAAGGGGAAUGGACCGAAUCCUGCUACUGUUGCGAGGGUGUUGAUGUUGCCGGAUUGGAUUUUUAGGUUUAUUUUCCCACGUAUUGUCAAGAUUGGAGAGAAGGCUACUAGUUCCAUGUAUGAGGACAUCAAAGCAAACCGUAUGACCGAAGUCGACUAUCUGAAUGGUGAAAUCAUCCGUCUUGGAAAACUACACAAUGUCCCUGCACCAUACAAUCAGCGUGUCCAUCAACUCGUCAAACAGGUUGAAGCUUCUAAGCUUGGGUUGAUCAAGCACGAACCAGUUGACAUUGAAGCCUUCAUCGCCAGGACAAUGUCCAGUCACAAAAUGUAA